AUGAAAUCAGAAAGAAUCUCCUAUAUGACUUACAAGGAUAAUGUUGAUUAAGACGAAUUCCACUCUGUGCUUGAUUUAUAACAAAAUAUUCAAAGUCGACCAACUCUAUACAUACGACCAAAAUAAAUACAUAGGAACACAUUAUAAUUGGGGAGUAUUCAAGAAUCCAGUAUGGAGCCUUUGCUGAAUAGUGAAACCUAAUUGUCCAAAUUGGUACCUCGAAAAAGAUAGGUGGUUCCAAUUGGACAAGUCAAGAGGAAUCGAGUAGAAACCUUGUUGUUGAGAUCAAGGCCUUAAAGACAAAAGUCUUAGUUAGAAUGUUCUUUGGAUACUUCUGCUGCAUUGAUUAAGUUGAUUAACAAGAAUCGAUGGAUUAGAUAUUUAAUGAAUCUAUACAUUUGGUUGAAUAUCGGGUUGAGAAUUGGAUAUGUGGCUAUUGUUAUAUUUUUUGUGAUAAAAAAUGAUUAUAAUAACUAAGCUUAGGAUGAAAACAGUUAAGAGAUAAUGACGUAAUUUUAUUGGUGGAUUCCAGGUUCCUUUAUUGGAAUUAGACUAAUAUUUAUAUUGAUAAUCUACAAAUUACUUUCUGUAGGUGUUUAGACGAGAGACACAAGGAUUAAAAUUGUUUAUGAUACUUAUGAAGCUUGGUUUAAUAAGACCAUUAAUGAAAGGGACCAGUUAUUGAUUAGAUGCAAUUAGAUGGUCAUUAGGAAUGGAUAAGACGAAUUGGAAUUGAGGUAACUUUAAUAGUAAGUGAAUUCUUUAAAUCGAUGGCUUUUGAUACUUAAAACAUAUAUUGUUUUAAUUCCCCCUGAGUGUCAAUUCAUAUUUUUGAAAUAAAAAAGCAAUGGUUUUUUUGUAGGUGCAAAAUUUUAUAAUGAAAUCAUUAGAAAUACUGUUCUUUACACCUUAAUUGAUGUAUUUUUUAUUGAUAGAAAAACCAUUGACGAUGGAAUGGGAUCGUUUAUCUGGUGA